UCUUUCAUGGCUUCGGCGAACACCCGGCGAGUUGGCGAUGGCGCCGGUGGCGCCUUCCAGCCUUACCUCGACUCCUUACGACAGGAGCUGCAGCAGAGGGAUCCGACGCUGCUCUCCGUGGCGGUGGCUCUCCUGGCGGUGCUGCUGACGCUGGUGUUCUGGAAGUUCAUCUGGAGCCGAAAGAGCAGUCAGAGAGCUGUUCUCUUCGUUGGUCUCUGUGACUCUGGGAAAACGUUGCUGUUUGUCAGGUUGCUAACUGGCCAGUACAGAGACACACAGACUUCCAUUACCGAUAGUUCUGCCAUAUACAAAGUCAACAAUAACAGGGGUAACAGCCUGACUCUGAUCGACCUCCCCGGGCAUGAGAGCUUGAGGUUUCAGCUCUUAGAUCGCUUUAAGUCUUCAGCUAGGGCUGUGGUGUUUGUGGUGGACAGUGCGGCGUUCCAGCGGGAGGUGAAAGAUGUGGCCGAAUUUCUGUACCAGGUCCUCAUCGACAGCAUGGCUCUGAAGAACUCACCGUCCUUAUUAAUAGCCUGCAAUAAGCAAGAUAUCGCAAUGGCAAAAUCAGCGAAGUUGAUCCAGCAGCAGCUUGAGAAGGAGCUCAACACCUUACGAGUCACCCGGUCCGCGGCUCCCAGCACACUGGACAGUUCCAGCACCGCACCUGCUCAGUUGGGGAAGAAAGGCAAAGAAUUUGAAUUUUCCCAGUUGCCACUCAAAGUGGAGUUCCUGGAGUGUAGUGCCAAGGGUGGACGAGGGGACACUGGCUCUGCUGACAUCCAGGACUUGGAGAAGUGGCUGGCCAAGAUUGCCUGAGGAGCAUCGCUGGCCACAAGCGUUGGUCAUGUGAGACUGACCCUGCAGUUUGAGAAAGGGCGGUGGUGGUGUGGACUGAUAAAGAGGGGGCAUGUCGUUGAAGCAUUUCUUGAGUUCUUGAAACAAUUGUACCACCCCCACCCCACCCCCGUCAGCUCCUUUCUCAGCUAGUCCUUUCUUAAUUCCCAUAUUCUUUCUCCCUUUGCUAGGUGUUAGGUGUAGCAUCAUGUUAGUGUGAGACAUAACAGAGAGGGCAUCGCUUUGAGAGUAGGGUCGCAUCUGAGAAGUCCUUGUCUCCUGCCUCUGUGUUGGUCCCUUUUCCUGGGACCAGAUCUGCCUGCUUGUGGAAUAAGUGAACUUGCAGUUGCCCCUGGUGUAGGCAUAAUACAGUGUCAGUUCUUAGUGGAGUCUGGGGUGUGAAGGUCUACAGUGAAGACAGCUUCAAAGCCACAGGCACAGCUGACAGUGUGUCCUUCACGGGCUCAGUGACCAUCCCACACCACCCUAGCUGACAGUGUGUCCUUCACGGGCUCGGUGACCAUCCCACACCACCCUAGCUGACAGUGUGUCCUUCACGGGCUCGGUGACCAUCCCACACCACCCUAGCUGACAGUGUGUCCUUCACAGGCUCGGUGACCAUCCCACACCACCCUAGCUGACAGUGUGUCCUUCAUGGGCUCGGUGACCAUCCCACACCACCCUAGCUGACAGUGUGUCCUUCACGGGCUCGGUGACCAUCCCCACACCACCCUAGGUUCAAAAGCUGCCGCAACCCCGAAGAGUCACCCUCACAAGGUGGCUCUAGGAGCCAAAUCCCCAGACACUCCUAGGUUAGUGUUCUAGAGGCUCCACUGGGGAGAGCAGGGAGACAGCACACUGCUGCCUCGGGCGUGCGUGAGCCCAGGCUGUCCCCUGUGCUACUUGAUCAGCUCCUGUUGUGUCACCCCAGCUAGAGUGCUAUGGAACAAUACAAACUGAAGAUGUCCACUGUGCAUUUUAAAUACAUAUUUAUUCAUGAUGCUUUAAAAAAUGUUACCUUUUUAAAGUGAUGCUGUCUUCAACAUUUGUGUUCUCAUUGCUUUUAUAAAUGACUGGUAUCUUGAUAAAUGACUAUACUGAAAGCAUUGAGUCAAAUGAUGAGUACAAGUGGGAACCUGAGCUAGAAUUGAACCCCAGCUCCAGGUUACUGAGCCUACAGAUCGCUGCAUAUAUGAGACUCUUGGUCUCGUCUCACACUCAGAGUCAGGCUUCACUAAAGCCACACUAAAGAGACAGGCAGAGCAUUGACUCAGGUGCAGUGCUCAGGGAAUAUGUGUGGCGCUCUGGGCUGGCCUGGACCAGUGAGAGGGACAGGAUAAACACACAGGUGUUCUCUGUGCAGACCAGCCCAAGCCUCUGCCUGCUGACACAUGGCCUCCCUGUGGGUCACCUGGGCUGAUAAUAGAGUCCCAGACCAUGAUUCCCAUCAAGUACUCAGCUCCCCACUCCUAAAAUAUCUACUGGCCUUGCUUAUGGUGUAUGAGACAGAUACAGCACAGCACAGGACAGAUAAGCCAUGAGAUGACUCAGUUCUCACUGGGAGGCAGUAUUGCUGCUAGGAUUCUUACUGCCCUUUGCACACUGCUGUUCAUGUUGGUCACGGACAAAUGGGAAGGGCACGAUGAAGGACGUUCACAUCACAGUAGGUGCUCAUCAAAAAAACCUUUCAGUUAGAAAAUGUGUUCGCUGGCCUCCCUUUUGUCUGCAUAAUAAAGUGAUUUUACUUAGUGGGAGAAUCAGUACAUCAAAAAAGUGACAAGGAUGGAGAGCAAGGAUAAAUGUUAUUUAUUUAUUUAUAGCCUGUGUCCUGAGCAAAAGGUAAGCUGUGCAGGGCUGGGAACCAGGUUAGUAGAAUGCCUACCUGGAACGCAUGGGUCUGGCUUUGCUGUGGGCUGCUGUAAAAGCCAGCUCUAAACAGGCAGCCGCAGCAAAGAUUCUAUGUCUGGACUCUUCCAUGGAGCCACGGCAGAAGCAGCUUCUCACUGCUAGGUGCCUUGUGGUCUCUCGGGAGGCCUUGGCCCCUGCCACUGCUUCCCAGGGCCUCCAGCACCUCCUGACGUGAGCUGUUCUAUCAGAGGGGAGGGGAGGCAGUGGCCCAGCCAUUGAGCUAUUUCAGGCACAAUAAAAUAUAAGGCU